AUGGCCGACACCAACACCGAUGCGCCUGCUCAGGCCGUGCAGGUUGAAGCUCUCGUGGUUUUGAAGAUUGCGAGGCACUGCUCGGCCAACUUUCCCAGCAUGGCCACCGGAGCCCUUGCUGGCAUGGCUCAAAACAACCUUCUCGAGGUCACAAACACAUUUCCCUUCCCCACCGUCGACUCGGCGGCCACCGACAGCCACAGCCACCAGAACAGCCACCAGAACGAUGCCGCUCUUGUUGCCGCCGCCGCCCCUCGCCAAAAGUCCAACAUUACCUACCAGAACGAGAUGAUUCGCCACCUCAAGGAGGUCAACAUUGAUGCCAAUAAUGCUGGCUUCUACACAAGCGCCACCAUGGGCAACUUUGUCAACAUGGGCUUGAUCGAGAACCUCUACUUCUACCAGAAGGAGCAGAACGAUACUGUUGCCCUCGUCUACGAUACCAGCAGGAGCUCACAGGGCAACCUGAGCCUGCGCGCGUUCCGCCUGACCAACACUUUCAUGGCCGCCUACAAGGAGGCCAAGUUCACAACCGAGAGCCUGCAAAAGUCGAAGCUCACCUUCAAGGAUAUCCUUGUUGAGCUACCCAUCACCGUCCACAACUCGCAUCUCCUCACGUCGUUCCUCCACCAGAUCCCCACUGGUCCUUCACAAGACGAACUCGAGGGACCCACGACGCUUGCGUACCUUGAGCGGGAGCCUAUCAACGCCCCCCUCUGCCCCAGCAUCGACAACCUCGACGUUGCCAUCGACCCUUACCUGGAGAAGACUUGUGACCUGCUGCUGGAGAGCAUCGAGUCGCACUACACCGACCUCAACAACUUCCAGUUCUACCAGCGCCAACUUGCUCGCGAGCAGACCAAGAUUUCACAGUGGCAGGCGAAACGCAAGGCCGAGAAUGCCCAACGGACCCUUGCCAAACAGCCCCUCCUCCCCGAGGAUGAGUGGCAGAGGCUGUUCAAGCUGCCACAGGAGCCCAGCCGACUGGAGGGCAUGCUCAACGCCAAGCAGGUUGAGCAGUACGGCAAGCAGGUUGACGGUUUCACGGCCGGUAUCACAUCGAAAAUGUUCGCCGUUCGGGAGAACCUUUUACCCCAUUAUGAUACUCGGGCCCUCGCCGCCUCGCCCUGGGGAACCUUGAGGGAAGAGACCAAAUGGCCGGUUCUGCAGGCAAACCAAACAUUGGAGGGGCAAGACAAAGGGUACUUGUUCCUGAUGUAUCGCGCAGCCAAGUGUGGAUUCCAGGGUCUUGGAAGCCCAUGUUUUCCUACUAUUAACACCCUUAACACUUCCCUUAACAGCCUUAAGAGCGCGCAAGACGAUAUAAACUAUGCGGGCGAUAUGGGCGAUACGGGCGAUAUGGGCGAUAUGGGCGAUAUAGGCGAUACGGGCGAUAUAGGCGAUAUAAUAGGUAUUAUUAUCGCAAAUUUAGGGGCUAGAACGACGCCUCAACGAGUAUAA